AUGUUGACUUUGAAGCUGGCAGAACUUCAAGUGGGUUACACUACCAUUGCUCUUGAAUUCUCAAUCACCGGAAAGGUCCCAGCCCAGAUAACCAACGAAAUACCAAACCCGUUACCAUUCACUCCACCUGCUAAGCUAAGGAUCAUCCGGCGCUGUACCCUUUUUCUUUCAGACCCCAGCCAGAACUAUCGACUACCGCAGUUGUCCACAACGUACGACUUGUUUGCAUUGAGACCUACCACAGAGAAGGCUCUCCAAUUAGCAUGUUAUUCCUUAGAGUGCGACCUUAUAUCAUUGGACUUUAGCAUCCGACAUCCUUUCUACUUUCCAAUCAAAACAAUCAAGUCUGCUCUUGAACGAGGCAUAAAGUUUGAAAUAUGCUAUGGGCCAGGCGUGCUCAAUGCUGAUGGCGGCGCCUCCAGAAGAAACCUGAUCAGCAAUGCUACGCAAUUGAUUCGUGCCACACGUGGCAAAGGCAUUGUUAUCAGCAGCGAAGCGAAGGAAGCAUUGGCGUGUCGCAGUCCUGCAGACAUCAUUAAUCUAGCAGCACUGUGGGGUUUGCCUCAGGAGCGAGGUACAGAGGCAGUGGGGAGAGAAGCUCGUAGUGUCGUAGUCCAGGCCGAGAUGAAAAGACGGAGCUACCGAGGGGUUAUCGAUGUCUUGCACGGAGGAGAAGAGCCUGAAAGAGACCCGGCUUUGGAGAAUUCGAAUGGGAGCGUAGGAAAGAAUAAGAGGAAAGCAGAUACUUUCGAUGAAGAGUCUGCAGUCAUUGCAAACGCACAGAAGCCUCUCUCGAAACGUCAACAGAAGCGUCAAGCUAAGCAAGCUCGGUAA